GUGGGUGAAUACACUUCAAUACCGCCAGUCUUCCUGUAAUUCGUUCUCUCCAUUACUAAUCUUGUGUCGCUGGGGGCGUAUAAGGGGUGGAGAGGUUUACUAGUACGUAUCCGGGGAAACAAAAAUUUAAACAUUCUUGUCGUUCCUUCACAGAGUGUAAUGCGCAGUUACGUAUAGUAAUAUAGCUUACGUUACAAGCUUAGAACCGUGAAAAGGCCGCUGAGAUACGUGACAGUUCUUUUUGUUAGUGUCACAGAUCAAACUACUCCUGUACCGUGUAUAAGACAACUUGCCAGAAUUUCUGGAAGAAAUGCUAUACUUUGUCCGAGUAUUAUUGUCCGAAGUGAGGAUGCGGAGCUCCCCCACAAACACCCUGAAAAUGUUUACGAUACCUACCACGUUAACUCCCUUAACAAAAACUAUGGACAAAAAAAAUCUAAAAUGUUGGUUUGGCAACGUUUGGAAAGUUCUGCAAAAGCUGACAACAAGUAAAUUCCAUUUUAAAUAACUCGAAAAUACAUUAACUUAUUUUUCUAUCCAUCAAUACGCACAACACAGACAAAUAAAACAUUUCAUUUUCUGUUUUAAGAAUUUCAAGGAGCAACAUAAAAACAAUUCUAUGUUCAGUACUAAUCUCCUAAUCAAGGACUACAACGCAAAACGCACUAGUGCGCAGAAGCAAAACAUAGGCACUAGUUCGACCAAUCACUUGAAGCAGAAACGUGAUAGUCACUUUUGGCACGCUGAUGCGAAUGGUUUGUUGUGAUGUAAUUUGUGGGAAGGGUUUUAGUCGCCAUUUUUUGUUGUUGAGAAAACUGAAAGGAUCAUAUAGAUCCAUAGGGUCGCGGAAAUGUUGGUGUUUACAGCAUUUGAAUACUAAUGUUGAGCGAAGACAUGAAUGUUAGCAUUGGAAGUGUAUAGAAAAUUUGUGUAAAACAGCAAACAAUAAUAUUAAGAUGUCUGAAGACGACGGUCGAGCAGAUGCGUGCCGCGAGUAUCAGUCUUCUCUGGAAGAUUUGACUUUCAACAGCAAGCCACAUAUCAACAUGUUAACCAUUUUGGCAGAGGAGAAUCUACAGUUUUACAAGGAUAUCGUUUCUCUUAUCGAAGCGCAGAUCGCCAAGGCCCCUGCAGCAGAGAAGCUUCCUGUUAUGUACCUUACGGAUUCCAUUGUCAAAAAUGUUGGGAGAGAAUAUCUUACUGCUUUCACAAAAAACCUAGUUUCUACCUUUGUUAGUGUGUUUGAAAAGGUGGAUGAAAACACUAGAAAAAGUUUAUAUAAGUUGCGGUCCACUUGGGACGAAAUUUUUCCCCUGAAGAAACUUUAUGCUCUUGAUGUCAGAGUAAACACUUUAGAUCCAGCAUGGCCUAUUAAACCUUUGCCUCCUAAUAUAAAUACCAGUAUCCAUGUGAAUCCCAAAUUUCUUAAUAAGACGCCCGAAGAGAAUGUUCCUGCUACUGUUGCUUCAGGUGGCGCAAGUGGUUCAGAAGUACAAAAGAGCUUGACUCAAGAGCAAGUAAUAAGACAGCAGCUGCUUGCAAAGCAAAAGCAGUUGCUUGAGCUACAGCAGAAGAAAUUAGAACUGGAAUUAGAGCAAACUAAGGCUCAACUUGCUGCUUCUUUGGGUGCUCAGCAAGUAUCCUCUACAAAUUUGACUGGUUCUGUAUUGCCCCCCAGGUUGCCAAAUGUGAGUUCACAAUCUAGUUCAUGUAAAGUACAGAAUUUGCCAGCAUCAACCAAGUCUCAGAAUGUGACCUCUGUAGCAUCAUCCAGUAUGCAGAGUUCUCCGGUACCAGCCUCUGCAGUUGUCAAACCACAAAUCCGUGGACAAGUAGAUACAGAAAAUAAACUAACUGCACAGUCUCAGGAUGUUAAGGUAACCACUAGGGAUCCUCGUCUUAAUAGAUCAGGGCAGCAGUCUUCUCAUUCUCAUGAUCGCAGCCCAAAAAGGGAAGUUCAGAUGGGUAGAUCCAGUCAGCUACCUUCACCUUUGGAUGGUCACAGUCCAAGAAGGGAAAUUCCAUUAACCGUACAUAUGCAGUCUGAGAAAGGAAGUAAAAACUUGGAAGAAAAACAGGCUGCAUCUAAGCAAGAGAAGAUGAACUGUGAAAAGUCUGUAAAAAGGGAUAUGCACAUUUCAGAAGAGAGAGGCAAGUUUAGUUGUAAACUGCAGUCUCCUUUGAAAAAUAAAUUUUCUACGAAGGAUGUGAAAAACCAAAAUUUGGAAAGUAGAGCGGCAGAUAAGAGAGACCCCAGGGUAAAAAAACACAUUCAAGAUCGUGCAGAUGAAAAAGAUGAAAUAAAGGAUAAAAAAAGAUCUACAGAAAAAAGAGAAAAGAGUGAACAUGAGAAAAUGGCCGACCAUAGGCUUAUAGGAAACAGGAGCAGACUUUCUAAUGGACUUGUUACAAAGCAAGAAAUUUGCACAAAUUUAGAGAAACCCAUUGCAAAAUCUGGAGGGGCCAGUAGUAGGAAAAGGUCUAGGUCACGAUCUCCAAGGUCUAGAUCUCCCAUUGGGCAUUCACCUAAUAAGAGAAGGGACAGACGGUCGCCUAGAGGACUGCAUAAGAGUUUGUCACCAUCGCCUAAACCUGGAAAAUUGAGACAGGCUGGCUUUAAGUCUCAUAUUGAAGACUUUGGUCAGCAUAUAAGAGAAGACAGAUCGCCUGUUAAAAAAGGGCCCAAUAAGCCAGAUGUUAGAGAGACAAGAAGGCUAAAAAGAUUGCAGGAGGAGAGAGCACAAGACUCUGUGAGUGUGCAUGCUGUUUUGGAAUCAAAAGAAGAUGUGGGUGACUGGCAAGACAAAUAUGGUAGAAGAUGGAAGCCUGGCUGGGUCAGUAAAAGUUUGCCAAAGAGUGAUGAGCAUCAAGCUAAGCCUGCACAUCUACGGCACCGGGAUGUUUGGGCCAUUAAUAAGGGGGUUCAGUCACCCCGUACCCCAAAACAACCUAGAUUUAGCGUUGACCCUAAUUUGCAAAUUCCAAAAGAAUUAACAUUGGCAAACAAAAGAGAAUUACUUAUGAAGGCAAAUGAACAGUUAAAUUCUGGAGAAAUAACUCCAGAAGAAUUUUUUGUUGUGGCUCAUCAACUCCGUCAACUUUCUCUAUAUGAGAGACAGAGGUCUGAGUGCGAAGAAGAUGACGAUGCAAGUAAGCCAAAAAGAAAAGAACCACUGCUGUCUGAUGCUGAACUUACAUAUUAUGAACAUAAGGCUAAACUAAGAAGAACCCAGGUUCAGCACCCACCUCCAAAAUUGGACCUUGUGGGUGGAUUAGAUGAUUGCCGUAAUACUGAAGCACUACAUCGAAUACAAGAAAUUGAUCAGAACCCAGGUAGCCAGAGUGUGAUAGAAGGACCUGCAUUUGAAAGUUUUGAACAGUGCAGUGAAGGAGCAAGAACACAUUCUCCUGUAUUAAGUAGCAGUUCAUUUGGAGAUAGUGUUGCUGUUGAUGAGCAAAAGCAAGAUGACUUGUCCAGGACUGUAAUGGCUUCUUCAGUUUAUGAUGAAGACCCCGAUAACUGGGAUAAUAUAAAGGGUGAAAAUAGAGAUCUUUGUAGGCAAGACAGGACGACAGCACCAGAAUAUCAUAAAAGCAACCGAAAUGAGGAUGGAUUUCACAUGUAUGAAAGUCUUGAAAAGAGCAUGCAGAAGUAUGCUCAAGCUGGUGAACGAGAUGAACAAAGGACUUUGUGUGAUGUGCCAUGUACUCGGAAAAGAUCUCCAUUUGAAGAAUCUGAUGGAAGCCAUAUUGGAAAUCCCUCUAGAGAACAGAGUCCAAGAAAAGAUGAAGAGGGUUUAUUUGAAGGAUCAUCCUAUCUUUCUGAACUUGGAUUUGAAGGACAGCAUAGUCAGAAAGUAACUUUGAGAAAGGAGGGCUCACCUGAUCCCCAGACUGAACUGCUGCUUGAAGUGAAGCCAAAUGAAAAUGUAGCACAUUUGAAGGAGACAUCUAGUAAGUCAAGUGCAUUGUGGCAAGACCUUUCAAAAGAUCAGAAUGUGUUGCAGCAUUUGGAGGGACCUUCUAAUCACUUGGGGAGUUUGCAGGAGGAGGGACAGACAAGCCAGCAGGAGAGAAAGUUAGAAGGACCAUGUAGUCAGCUUGGUGCUCAGAGGCUGGAAGAGCUACCUGGUAAACAGGAUACUCAUCUGGAAGGACCACCUGGUCAGCAUGCUGCCCAGCAUUUGGAAGGGCACUCUAGUCAGAGUGUACAGUGCCUUGAAGGAUCAGUUCAGCGGCUGGAAAGACCACCUGGUCCACUGGGGAGUUUGAGGCUAGAAGGACCACCAGGUCAACAUGGUCAGUUUGAGAGGCCACCUAAUCAACACGGUGUCACUUUUGAUCAGCUUUCUAGUCAGCAAGGUAUUCCUCAUUUUGAUCGACCAGUUGGUCAGCAGGGAAAUUCCUGGUUGGAAGGACCACCGGGGCAUCAAGGUACAUCCAAAUUUGAAGGAUCUCAUGGGCAACAAGGGGUGCCUAAGUAUGAUGGGCAUCCUGGACAGCAGGGACCCCCUCAGUUUGAAGGACCACAAGGACACCAGUCUGCUGUUUUUGACAGACCACCUGGGCAGCAGGGGGCUUCACAGUUUGACAGACCACCAGGGCAGCAGGUAGCUCCGCGGUUUGAUGGACCUGUAGGGCAGCAGGGGGCACCCCGCUUUGAUGUCCCUCCUGGGCAGCAGGGGGCACCCCGCUUUGAUGUCCCUCCUGGGCAGCAGGGGGCACCCCGCUUUGAGGUCCCUCCUGGGCAGCAGGGGGCACCCCGCUUUGAGGUCCCUCCUGGGCAGCAGGGGGCACCCCGCUUUGAGGUCCCUCCUGGGCAGCAGGGGGCACCCCGCUUUGAGGUCCCUCCUGGGCAGCAGGGGGCACCCCGCUUUGAGGUCCCCCCUGGACCCCGCUUUGAGGUCCCCCCUGGGCAGCAGGGGGCACCCCGCUUUGAGGUCCCCCCUGGGCAGCAGGGGGCUCCCCGCUUUGAGGUCCCCCCUGGGCAGCAGGGGGCUCCCCGCUUUGAGGUCCCCCCUGGGCAGCAGGGGGCUCCCCGCUUUGAGGUCCCCCCGGGGCAGCAGGGGGCUCCCCGCUUUGACGGCCCGCCGGGGCAGCAGUGCCGUCCCCGCUUUGACGGCCCGCCGGGGCAGCAGUGCCGUCCCCGCUUUGACGGGCCGUCGGGGCAGCAGGGACCUCCCCGCUUUGACGGGCCGCCGGUGCAGCAGUGCCGUCCCCGCUUUGACGGGCCGCCGGGGCAGCAGGGACCUCCCCGCUUUGACGGGCCGCCGGGACAGCAUGGACCUCCUCGCUUUGACGGGCCGCAGGGACCUCCUCGCUUUGACGGGCCGCCGGGACAGCAGGGACCUCCUCGGUUUAAUGGGCCACCAGGGCCUCCACGAUUUGAAGGACCUCCCGGACAGCAUGCCGUUCAUCGAUUUGAGAGCACCCCUGGGCAGCAGGGUCCACUUCAUUUUGAAGGUCGACCUGGACAUCCAGGUGGUCCCCGCUUUGAUGGGUUGUCUGGACAGCAUGGUGCACAAAGAUUUGAGGGACCUGCAAGUCAGCAAGGUGUACAGUUUGAGGCAUAUCCUGUUAGGGUUAGUAACUGUCCUGAUAUGCAAGGCCCUCUACGGUUUGAAGGUCCUUCAGGCCAACCUGGUCCAAGAUUUGAUGGCCAUACUAUUUCUAGAUUUGACUGUCCGCCUAAUCAACAGGCUCCUUUAUUGCAGCGAUAUGAUGGAGCACCUGGGCAGACCAUCCCACGCUUUGAAGGUCCUCCUGGUCAGCAUCCUCCCUUAAGGUUUGAAGGUUCCUCUGUUCAGCAACAUCCUCCACGGUUUGAUGCAGCAUUAUCUCUCCGAUUUGAAGGACCACCAAAUCAGCAAACACCAUCUCGAUUUGAUACAGUUCCUGGUCAGUUAGGUCCACGAUUUGAUGGUUUAUCAAGUCAUUUGUGUCCAAGGCUUGAAGCACCACCAUUUUCAAGUUUUAAUACUCCAGCUGUUCAACCUGGAUCUAUGUUUGCUGACCCUCAUCAUACAUUUAGGGGACCUCUGCCAGGUUUGCAGUUUCAGAGGCAUGAAACUCCACCAGUACCAAAAUUCAGUGGACCACCAGGGCCUGGAGUACCUAGUUUUCGGCCACCUGGAAAUCUCUUUGAAGAACAGAAUUCCCGGGGACAUGUGUUUGGAAACUUCAGUUUACCUGGUGGAGUACCUGUGGGAAGCAUGGCAUCUUCUCAGCCUGUAUCUGGUGUUAGUCAGCCAGUUUCGUUUAGACAACCUUUGCCAUUUUUACCACCGCCUUUACAGAGUUCUGUGCCAUUUAUUCCAAACAAAACAGGUCAUGAAAAUCAUCUUGGUCAAUUAGAUGUUAACGCGCUGUUUGCAAAGCUAGUUUCCAAAGGCAUCUUGCAGUUGUCAUCAGCAGAGUCAGCUUCAGCAAAAAGCAGUGAUGCAUCUCAGGUUCAGCCUGUAGAGGAUGAGGAAGAAGACGACCAAAAUGAAGACCAGGAUCUUCCAGACCUAACCAGCUUUACUAUUGAGGAUCUAAAGCAGCGAUAUGAAAGCGUAAUUAAUCGACUUUACACUGGGAUUCAGUGUUACUCUUGUGGAAUGCGAUUUACAUCUUCACAGACUGACAUCUAUGCUGAUCAUCUGGACUGGCAUUAUAGGCAGAAUAGAACUGAAAAGGAUGUCAGCAGGAAAGUUACACACAGACGAUGGUACUACAGUUUAACAGACUGGAUUGAAUUUGAAGAGAUAGCAGACCUGGAAGAACGUGCAAAAAGCCAAUUUUUUGAGAAGGCACAUGAAGAAGUCAUUCAGAAGACACAGGAAGCUGCCAAAGAAAAGGAGUUUCAGAGUGUACCAGCAGGGCCAGCUGGUGUUGAUGAGUUCUGUGAAAUUUGCCAGGAGCAGUUUGAACAGUACUGGGAUGAAGAGGAGGAGGAGUGGCAUUUAAAAAAUGCAGUCCGUGUAGAAGAAAAGAUAUACCAUCCAACAUGUUAUGAAGAUUACAAAAAAACCUCUUCAUUUGUGGAAAGUUCACCUUCACCAUCUCCUAGUAAAGCGCCAGUGGAAAAUCCACUGAAUGCAGUGUUGGACAUUGUUAAAACUGAUUCACAGACUCAACCUCAAGAGCUGUUGGAUGAUUCUAAAAUUAAACAGGAACCUGAUGAUAACUGUAGUAACUGCACUGAAGAAAAAUCUUCCGUAGACAUUAUAAUGGAGCCAGAACUUGUUAAAGAAGAGCCUAGUUAAGCCGAUUUGGUAUUGUGGACCAUAACCAUUUGUGGCUGCUGCAUUGAGUCCUAUGGUAAUCAACAAUACUGUAUUUUCUUGGUGUAGAAAAAUAUUUUUAUAUUAAAAAUAAUCUUGGGGCAGGGUCCUCAACUAGUGUUUUGUUUAAUAUAAAUACAUUUUUGUAUUUGAAUUUUCAAAUUUCUGCCUGCAAGGUUUCAGGUGUUUGAAUAUGCUGUUAAUGUGUACAAAUCUAAGAUAUUGUUUUUUUUUUCAUUGUCAAAUUGUAAAUUAUUAAUAAAAUAUUUUUACUAACUACGAAGUGUAGUUUGUGCAUAAUGCCAAAUAAAAGCAGCAUGUCAAGAAGUUUGGUUUAAAAUUAAAUGGCAGUGACAAUUUUAUUUUACUGCAAGCAUUUAAGGCCCAUGUUAUGUUGAGUGUUUACUUGAAAAAAAUGAAUGGAUCAUCGACUUUAAUGGUAAGACAUGGCUGUUCUUCAUUUGUUCUACAGUGAAAUGGUAAACUUCAAAGAAACAUCCAUUGCUUCAUUUAUUUGAGAGAAAGUGUAAGACUUUAUCUGAAUAAAAAAACUUUAAGCAACACAGCUUGUAGAACCUGUUUAUUUUCAGUAAAUGCCCACUUCAUAGAAGUUUAAUUGGAUUUUGUUGUGAACUUUUGCCAGAAUUACCUGCUGAGAAGUUUAGUAAUACAUUAUUUAGAAACUUUUGGAUGCUACUGUGGGCUUUCUUAGGAUCUUUUAAGUACAAACAUUUUCUUUUUGAGCAAAUGUUUUGAUUUUUUUUUUCAGUUUCUGGUAUUGGUAUUAUAAUACUGUUCAAUAAAGUCGUAAAGAGCA